CGGGCGCAACCGCCACGAUACGCCCGCUGCCGCCCGCGCGCCACGGCCGCCAUGUCGCCGCCUCACCGCGGCCGCGGCGGAGGGAUCCGGCCGAGGGGCGGGGCCGGGGCGGCGGCGGCGGCGGCGGCGGCGGCGGGAGGAGGAGGAGGAGGAGGAGGAGGAAGAUGGUGGACCUGGCGGCGGUCGGCGAGGCUGGCUGCCGGGCUUUCGGCCCCCCGCGGCGCUGCCACCCCGGCCGGAGCCGCCCCGCGUGCUGAGGGGGCCGGCGCGGACCCGCACGCAGGCUUUGCCUUACGCCAGCUUACAAGAUUGUAUCCAGGUGGCUGCGGUUUUGGUUCUGCUGUGUGGACGUGGCCCUUAGGUCCCAACCGACGUGCCCUGGAAAAUAUUCCAAUCACAAUACUUCAGGUUCUGCUGCAUUGCUGUCAAAAUCUGCACUGGCCGACCCUGUCUCUGCAGCCUGUGGCUGAAUCAAGUGUGUGAUGCAUUAUUUCCCCAAACCCUGCCGUGGCAGACAAAAUGUCAAUAGAGUAAGUGGCCUACCCGCCAGUACUUGCCAUGAACCAUUUGGUUGGACCGCCUGAGGGGGAGGUAAGUGAAGAGCCAGCAAAUGAAGCAGUGAACGAGUCAGUGGAGGCUGACCUGGAGCACUCAGAGGUGGAAGAGGAGCAACGUUAUGCAACUCACUACUCGAGACACGCAGACAGCAGCCAAGGAGGCCAGUCUGGGCAGGAGGAGGAAGGGAUGCUAGCUCGGUCGGCCAGCACUGAGAGUGGUUUCCACAAUCACACGGAUACUGCCGAAGGGGAUGUCAUAGCCACGGUGGAGGACAGUUAUGAUACAGACAGAGUUCAGGAAAACGAGGAUGAGAGCGCAUACGCAGUGCAGUAUAGGCCGGAGUCCGAGGAGUACACGGAGAACGCCGAGGCUGAGCACGGCGAGGCCGUUCAUAACCGAACGCUGCCCAACCAUUUGCAUUUCCACUCCAUCGAGCACGAGGAAGCCAUGAACGCAGCCUACUCGGGUUAUGUCUACACGCAUCGGCUCUUUCACCGAGGGGAGGAUGAGCAGUACGCUGAGCCUUAUGCCGAUUACGGACUGCAGGAGCACGUGUAUGAGGAGAUAGGAGACACGCCAGAGCUCGACGGGAGGGAUGGGCUCCGGCUCUAUGAGCGGGAAAGGGAGGAGGCAGACAAUUACCGCAAAGAAGCGCUCGGUGCCCGCCUUCACCAUUAUGAUGAACGGUCUGAUGGAGAGUCUGACAGCCCUGAGAAGGAGGCAGAGUUCGCGCCCUACCCAAGAAUGGAUAGUUACGAACAAGAGGAGGACAUUGAUCAGAUUGUGGCAGAGGUGAAGCAGAGCAUGAGCUCCCAGAGCUUGGACAAGGCGGCUGAAGACAUGCCAGAGGCAGAGCAGAGUUUGGAGCAUGCUCAUGCUCUUGCUGGGCAUGAAAGCAAUGGCCAGCUUCCUGCUGGUUCUCGAGUCACGUCCAACUCGGGAGAGUCCGUACAGAGGUACAGCAAGGAAAAGAGAGAUGCGAUUUCAUUGGCCAUCAAGGACAUUAAAGAGGCUAUUGAGGAAGUGAAGACAAGGACCAUCCGAUCUCCUUAUACCCCUGACGAACCGAAGGAGCCUAUCUGGGUGAUGCGGCAGGACAUCAGCCCAACGAGGGACUGUGACGACCAGAGGCCGCUAGAUGGAGAUUCUCCAUCUCCAGAUUCCUCCUCACCUCGAGGUGCCGAAUCAUCAAACAGGCAACAUCACCAGGAUGCCUGCAGUACAACGGAGCCCUCCACUAAUAAAGAGUCCAGAAAAAGCUUGGCUUCAUUUCCAACCUAUGUUGAAGUUCCUGGACCUUGUGAUCCUGAAGACUUAAUUGAUGGAAUCAUUUUUGCUGCCAAUUACCUUGGCUCUACUCAACUCCUUUCAGAUAAAACUCCCUCCAAGAAUGUGAGAAUGAUGCAGGCUCAGGAAGCUGUCAGCAGGAUCAAGAUGGCCCAGAAAUUAGCCAAAAGCAGGAAGAAGGCUUCAGAAGGUGAAUCUCAACCCAUGACUGAAGUGGACCUCUUCAUUUCUACACAGAGAAUAAAAGUAUUGAAUGCAGACACACAGGAAACCAUGAUGGAUCAUCCGCUGCGGACUAUUUCUUACAUCGCAGAUAUAGGGAAUAUAGUCGUUCUGAUGGCACGUAGACGAAUGCCACGGUCUAACUCCCAGGACAAUGUGGAAGCAUCUCACCCUUCCCAGGAUGGAAAGAGGCAGUACAAAAUGAUUUGCCACGUCUUUGAGUCUGAGGAUGCACAGCUGAUUGCACAGUCCAUAGGACAAGCGUUUAGUGUGGCCUACCAGGAAUUUCUGAGGGCAAAUGGAAUCAAUCCAGAAGACCUUAGCCAGAAGGAGUAUAGCGACUUGCUUAAUACUCAGGACAUGUACAAUGACGACCUGAUCCACUUCUCCAAAUCUGAAAACUGCAAAGAUGUUUACAUUGAAAAACAGAAGGGAGAAAUCCUUGGUGUGGUUAUUGUGGAGUCUGGCUGGGGAUCGAUUUUGCCUACAGUUAUCAUAGCCAACAUGAUGCAUGGAGGACCAGCGGAGAAGUCUGGGAAGCUAAACAUAGGCGACCAGAUCAUGUCAAUCAAUGGGACCAGUCUGGUUGGCUUACCGCUCUCAACAUGCCAGAGCAUUAUAAAGGGUUUGAAAAACCAGGCCCGAGUUAAGCUGAACAUAGUUAGAUGUCCUCCAGUAACGACAGUCUUGAUCAGGAGACCGGACCUCAGAUACCAGUUGGGCUUCAGUGUGCAGAAUGGGAUUAUCUGUAGCCUUAUGCGAGGAGGUAUAGCAGAGCGAGGAGGCGUGCGUGUCGGCCAUAGGAUCAUUGAAAUCAAUGGACAGAGUGUUGUAGCAACACCCCAUGAGAAAAUUGUUCACAUUCUCUCAAACGCUGUUGGUGAGAUUCAUAUGAAGACUAUGCCAGCUGCCAUGUACAGGCUGUUGACUGCUCAAGAGCAACCAGUUUACAUCUAAGGCCGACACCUCACCUUCACAAAGUGCAUGGAGGAUGUUUUUCCUCGUUAGUGCUUGUGUCUCUAGUGCUGCAUUUUUGUGUCUGCAGAGACAUUUUUUUCUCUCACACACACACAUGCGCGCUCUCUCUCCCUUCCUCCCUCCCUCCCUUUUUCUCCCAUUCCCCACCACUUCCCUGUUUAUGGGGAAGGGGGAAGAUAUAUCCAUGGGACUAUUUUGGUUGCAUCCCUUUACAAGUGAAGCUUUAUGCAGUUCCACAUGCAGAAUAGGCAAAUAACAGCAGCAGUGUUCACGGCUGGGUUCACAAAAAGGAUUAACUGUAUUUUGUGCUACAUAGUCAGUUCUAUUUCUGUGGCUGUAAUUUGACAACAUGAGUAAGUGUUGCUAAAGGAAAGCUGACUUUACCAAAUAGAUACAAUGAUAGGGUAAAGUGCUCUCUUGGACACCACGCUUGUUACUUUGCUUCUCUUCCACUAUUUCCCUACUGGCACUGAGCUCAACGUUAAAGAUUUUUAUUUGUAGGGAAAGUAGAAUACCAAAAGGGUAAGUUUCAUCCUCAAUGAAGAAUUACAUGCUUAUGAAGAAUGAGUAAAUGCUGCUCUGGUAGAACCAACUGUCCAAAUGCACACCUUUUAAUUCCCCUCUAUCAUCAAUUCUUCAGGAUAAUAUAACUGCAAAAGGUACUCUGAGACUUGCUGGAAUGUCUUACAAUUACAUUACUUACACUAAGUAAUUCAGGGAGGCAUUUUUUACAGCUGCCCCUCCUCACCCCAGGUUUCUAUCUCUUCAUUUUCUUCUACUUUGUUUCUAAAUGCAACAUGUCUUUUAUAGUCCCCUGCCUAUUUUAGAAGUUAAAUGAAAUGGGGUCGGGGGGAGGAUCUUUAAAUAUCUACAAGAGAAAUAGUGAGGGGCUCUCCUGAGUAGCUACAGUUUUUCUAGGCUCUUACUUCCAUAUUUGGUGCACACAGCCACGUGUGCCAGUGUAUAUAGACAUUUUUUUAAAUUGUGCUUGCUAUUUAUGAAGUUUGAAUAUAAGAGAUCUGCAUACCAUUCUAAGUAAUUUUGUUCUCUGAGCCAGUUUUAACAUAUAUUUUUGUCCAAAGACCUGUCUAAUUGUAUCGACUUUUUCUUUAGUUCAUGACAUAGAUAACAGUGGGAGAGGUAAGGUGGGAAUAAAUUUAUUUAUUUUGUUAUAUAAGUUACUGUGAUUUUUUUCCGUAUGUAUGACACUUAAAGGAUAUUUGCGUGUACUAUAUGCACUUGUAUGAAGAAGAUAUACUGUAGGGAUAUAUGAAAUCUAGGAUUUGACUGGUCUCUAACUUUCAGGCUAUAAAGGAAAGAGGAAAAAGAUUUUUUGGUUUGGUUUGGUUUGGUUUUUUAAAAAGUAGAGGUGGUUCUUCCAAACAAGAUAAAAAAAUCUCUAUUCUCUGUGGUUACAUUUCACCAAGACUGCAUACUGAUGUUUCCACCAAAAUUGAAUCACGCUUUUAGGCUGGGCUAAUGCCUUGAUUUUUUUUUUCUCCUAAUGAACAGUUUCUGCUGUGUCCUGCUGUGAUAGAAAGGCUCAAUGAGAUGCAAACAAGUGCACACAAAACACAUACGUGCACCCAUUCCAGCCCUCUGUUCUGAAACUGCGGUGAUGGUCAUAGUCAUUGGUUUCUCUAGUUAUUUUCAGGUGGGCUGUAAGUGUUGCUUGCAGAUCAGUAAUGAUACCUAGAGAAUUCUCCAGAGAUUCAUGGAUACAGGGGUGUGUGUUUGUUGUGUGCGUGUGUGUGUGCACAUGCAUAUUUCUGUUGGUGAGAGCCAUUGAGCACUUUUGGUGAGAGCCAUUGCGCACUUGCUUUCCACCUGUUGCCAGAGGUCCAUUUUUGGCUUUCAGAAACCAUGGAAAUCCAUGGGCUAAUCACAGAGAAAGAAUGAACUUUGUAUUUUAGUGGGCAGUAAAUAUAUAAGGGAGAUGAUGGAAUGGUGCAUACACUAUUGUAGUAAGUGAAUAUGUUUUAGUGUGAUGUUAAUGUACAAUUACUUGAUUUACUGCAGUUCUUGUUGUUAAAUAAUUUAAUCCCAAUCUUGGAAUAGCAGAUUGCACAAGAGAGUGAUAUUAGUAUUUCAGGUUAGUGCUCACCUCUGCUACCAGACUGAUGCAGAUAGAUAGUGAAUGACUUGUGAGCAUAUUGUUUAACUGUAGACAUCGGUUUAUGAUGAUCAUUUGAACUUUUUUCAGAAGUUUCCAUAUAUAUAGUAAUAUAUGUAAAUAUGAUAUAUAACCAUGUACAAUUCAGAAGAUUAUAUACAGUGCAGCCUUUACAUAAGUUGUUUGAGGAAACUCAGCAAACUCUUGAAGACACAGUUAUCAUGCUUCUGACUCCUGCUAUGUUUACGCCCUCAGCUUCACUUGUUGCUUUUGUGGUUCUGUCCAACUCAUGCAGCAGGGUCUUUAGUUCACUCCACUGGGUGAUGAUGGAGACCUAAACAUGCAAAAGUACUUACGGAUGACACAGCUGCGUGUUUGAAAACAAGGCUACUAUCCUCGAAGUCGAGCUUAUGCCUCGCUAUUGGCACUCGAAUGCUUAACCAGUUCACUUCAUGGUAAAUCACAAAUAGGUGCCUAGCAUUAAGGGAGUGAAUACUUGCAGCUUCAGAGCCUGGCAGAGAGUCUUAGUUGUUCCGAUCACAGCAUCUACAUAAGAUUUCUAUGCUGGGAGGUCUGUAAUGUGCAUACGCUCCCAAUAACAGUCUUAUAAGCAAUCCCAUUUUAGGUUGUAAAGGGAAAGAGUUUUAAGAAGAGUGAGCUCAAAACGAAGAGCUGGCGUUUCUGUAGACUAGUGCGGCAAGUUGUUAUGUAUGUGAAUUCUUAAUGGAUUCAAAGGAACAAACUGCUGUUUUACAUUCUUUCUUCAGUGACAGGCCUGAAAUUCUUUCCUUUCUCACUGCUUCAUACAUUCUAAUGAACUCUUCAAUGUUUACAUUAAGGAUGAAAUAUCCUUUACACUUUUUUAUUGGCAAGUUUCAUGCUUCUUUUUUUUUUUUUUUUUUUUGAAUCUUGCUCAAAUUUGUUGGGAUUUCCAGAUUUGUUUGCUGUUUUUUUGCUUAUUAUCUGAAUUAAAUAAUAUGUUUCUGAAGAUGGCAAUGUGGUUGAGAUCUCUUGUACAUAUUUAGCACAGUACCUAGAAUAUGAAGUUGUACUAUUGUUCUGUAAAGAGGGUGAAUAGAAAUUAUUGUAAAGCGUUGGGAAAAGUAUAGUAUUGUAUUUGUAACAAUAUUGUUCUUUGUAAACACUUAACUCAGUGAUCUCUAUAUAUAAAUAUAAAUAUAUAUAUAAAAAUAUAUGUGAGCCUGGAAUGUUGAUACUGCACAUCUACUGAAUGUAAUUCCUCUGAUGUUUUUUGCCACAGGUCUCUGACCUCUAUAAUGAAGCUGCACUGGUUUGAUUUGGGGGGAGGGAGUGGAAGAGGAGUUGGGGUUUUUUUUGUUGUUGUGGGGGGAGGGGGUUCUGGCCAGUUAUUUUAUUGUGAUGUAUUUACUGUGCUACAUUCCUUUAUUUAACAGAGCGCUAAUGUCUGUAAGAUUUGCAACAAUAAAAUACAAAACAAAAAUA